AUGAGUCAUAAACAAGAAUUUUCAUAAACUCUUUGGGAUUAAUUCAAAUUAUCAAUAUUUAAUGUCGCUUAUUAAAUUGUAGGCCAAAACACCCAAUCUUUGUAAACCACAAUUUUAUUAUCUCUCAUUUAAUUUAUUCAGCUUAUAUAUUUACCCUUUUAAAUCUAACUUUAAUCGGCUUGGCAUAAUGUGGCUUUAUCAGGGGAAAUUCAACAGUUUUUGCAGUAUUUUACUAUAAUAAGGAUGUUAAACCAGCAAAAAACCUCAACAUAUUUGGUUGGAUUGUACAUUGCGAUUAGUGUUGUGCUAUUAAUUGCAGUUAUUGUAAUUAUGGCCACUAUUUUCAAAUAACUACUCAAUAACCAAUUUUUGAGAGUGGUACUAAGCAUAGCCUUGAAAUUGUUCAUGACGGCUGGAUUUGUUGAAAUUUUGAGAUUACAUUUAGGAUUUUUAGUUUGUAAACGAGAUAGCAAUGGUUAAUUAAAAAUGUUGUACACAACAGAUUAAGAAUGUUGGACGAGUGGUUACAUAAUUCAUGUCUGCGUAGUAAUAUUUUCAAUAGCAAUAAUGUUCCUGAUUGUAGUAAUUGAAUCAAAACUCUUUAUUGAGAUUAGAAAUAAUAAAAAGAAUGCCUUUUCAUAAAGAGAAGGAUCUACGUACACAUUUAUGUUUGUGCAUGCAUCACUCUCAAUGUUACUGUAUUGUUUGUUAGAACAACCAAAAUACUCAGUAGUUGUAAUUCUAAUUUAAGUUCUAACAAGUUUCUUAUUCUUUUACAAAAUUCGUUUAAAAAGACCUUUCUACAACAGACUUGUUUAAAAGCUAUGGUCUGCAAUUAGUGGUUUAGUUUUUUAUACGAAUUUUAUGCUAUUAGCUGCAUUUACAUUUGAGCAUUUAAUCUUAAUAGGCACCAUAAAGGGUUGGUUGGUGACUUUGCCAAUGCUCUUGGUUAUUCUCCUGCAAGAACAAAGAUAAAAUAUCAAUUUGCUAUAAGCUAAUUUGAUUUAAUAGCUCUCCAGUUAAGAAAUAAUUUGGCUUUCAGACUUUUUGAUUGAUUUAUGUGAAGAUUUUGAAAAGGAUCAAAAUAAGGAAAUUCUAAUAUUAGGAUUUUUGGAAGUCCAUAAACAAACUUGUUUAAAUCCUCAAUGUGCAAUUAAGACAUCAUUUGAACUGUCUAAAAAGUUUAAGGAUAAUAGUAAAUAUUCAGAUACAAGAAUGAUUCUAAAAGAUAUUAUUGAUUAAACCUACUAACUAGCCCUUCAAAUUUACCCUCAAAGUAUUGAUAUCAGACUACAUUAUGCUUCUUACCUAUUAGACACUUUGGAAUAAGGCUAGAAGGCAUUAAUUGAGUUGAAUAAAGCAGAAGCUUGUUAUCCUUCUUUUGGAUAGUAAUAUUUGAUAUUCAAGAUAAAGAAAACUAUUGAGUAAACAUAUCAAAAAUCUUCAAUCGCAGCAAAAGAAGUUUACUACAUUAAAACAAUAGAUAGAGGCAUCAAAUAUUAAUAUCAAUAAAUUAAAUAGUUAACUGAAGAAUGCACUUAUCGUAAAAUUUAGUUUUGGAAUACAUUGUUAGAUGAAAAUCCAAAUUUAUCAUUACUACAAAUUUUUGGUAAUCAAAUACUUUAAUCGAUUCAUUUAUUAAAUAAAUAAUUAUUUAAACUUCUAAGAGGUAAUCUUUAAGAUGCAUAAAUUUUUAAAUUAUUAGAAAAAUUUAACAAAUAUGUUCACUAAUUAGAUGCCUUCAAAAGUGUACAAAAAGCAAAUAAGAAGAUAUUAGUUUAACAAUAAUCUGAACGCUAAUUUUUGAAAAAUCAAGAUGAAUUAAGCUAAUAUUCUUAACCAGUAAUAAUUUUGGAAUUAUUUGGUAAAGCCAAUCAACCUACUAUAAUAAGAAAUAUCAAUUAGGCCUUCCAUUCUUUAUUAGGGUAUUCUAAGACUGAUCUAAUUGGCAAACCUAUAUCACAAAUUCUGCAAGAUAAGUACUGUAAAUUGCACAGUGUCUUUGUUGAAGAUUAUUUUUCUUCAUUAAGAUCAGAUCAAGUUUAUGAAACGUCAGAAAGAUCUUAAUUUUUGGUAGCUAGAACUAAUUAUAUUAUUUAGACUUUCAGCACUAACUCAAUAUAUUUGUCUGAUAAAGGUAUUUUUCAGUUCUGCAGAUUGAGAUAGGAUUAGUGUUUUAGUAAUUGGGCAUACUUAAUUUUUAAUCUUGAUGGAAAAAUAGAGAGCAUUUCAGCAACUUGCAUCUCUAUUCUUAAUUUAGAUUUACGUUAGUUGCAAAUUAGAUAACUUACAAUAUAAAAACUAUUCCCAAAUCUUAUGGAUAAUAUGGAUGAUUAUCUUAACAAGAUGAAUGUGAUUGUUUUUGAAAAUUCUAUAACUUCUCUGACCAAAAGUUCCGAUUUUGAUGAAAAAUAAAAUGAUUAGAUUACUCCUUCGAUAUAUUAUGGAUAAUUAUACGAAAUAUCUGCUAAAAAUUACUAGUUUACGUAAUAGGAUUUAAGAUAAUAGAUCUAUGGAUAUUAUUUAAAAGUGUAAAUAAAUGAGCAAUUAGCACCCAAGGAAAAUUAUCUUAUCAAAAAGAAUAUUCUUACUCAUUAAUUUAAAUAUUCAAUUGAAUAAAACUCAUAUAUCUUUGAACAUUUAGGUUAACAAAAUUCCAAUUAUGAAUCUAUCAAAAAUGAUAGUGAAGUCUAAGAUGACCCAAAGGUUUGUGUAUUCACUCAGUAAAGUUUUCAAAAUAGGAAAUAGCCUUCUGUGACUAUUGUAACAUAAUAAGGAUUAGGUCAUGAUAUCAGGACUUUGAGAUUGUUUCGGGGAGAAAUUAAGGAGAUAAUUGAUCUAGAUUAAGAUGAAGAAGAUGAUGAAUAAAUAAGAGAAUAAACUUAAAAAUUAGAAAUCUAAGAUUAAAAAGAACAGUCUCAAUAAAUCAAAAUAUCUAAUCAGCAAGAGCUAAUGAUUCGCCUCUUGAAUAUCCCUUACUCUCCAAUUCUUAAGAAACUCAUUUUUAUUCUAAAUAGUUUAAUGAUUGUAAUGUUUGUUAUUGCUAUCGUUAUGUACUCGAUAUUAAAUCAGACUCAAAGUGAAUUUUAAUCUGCAAUCACUCUUUUAACAGCCUCUAAUUAAAGAUUUGCAUCUAUACUAAAGAUUUAAUCAAAUCUAUAGGAUUUAAGAGGCUCCUAUUUUAAUCUUGAACAAUAUACUAUGAAAGCCACUAACGGUAAGUUUGCUGAAAUAAAUUUUGUUGAGCUUAGCAAUGAAUUAAAUAUUUUAUUAGAAAAUGAUAAGAUUUUAACAUCAGCCAAUAUUUUGAUAAAUGACAAAUAUUAAUCCAUUUUAGAUAUUUUUUAAUCUGCCUUUGUGUAAAUGGUUACAAUUGACAAUUAAUAUCAUAAUUUUACUUACCCUUAGGCUAUUUAGUAAAUGAUAGCUAAGGCUAUCACAUUAAAUGGCUCAAGUUUGUCAAGUUUUGUAGAUGAGAAUGAAGAUUUUCAUUAUUAUCUGCACAAUACUCUGAACUCAUUGCCAAAGUCUCAAUUAGUUUCACAAGCAUAUUACUAUUCGAAUAUUCUAAGUUUAAUUGAUAAUCUUUAUUUUGAAGAAAUCUCCUUUUUUUCUAUUUAGAUGAGUUUUUUAACAUUGAUAUUACUGUUUUUUUAAUUAUACCUUUAUUUUCAUCAAAAAGAGCUUAAAGAGAUUAUUUCUUUGUAUUUAAUGAUCAGGGAAGAUUAAGUUAAAAAGAUUGUAAAUAAAUUUUCAACCUUUAUAUAAUUGCUAUAAAUGAAUGAAAAUGAUGAAAUUGAAUCAAUUGAAGAAGAGCCUGUAGCUUAAGAUGAGUAAGAGUUCUAUUUAGGUUAAUCAAAUAGAAAUAAAAAAAAGAAAUCCGUUUUCGAAAUUAAUAAUUAUAAAAGAGUACAAUUUAUCUCUUUGUCAUUUUUGAUUCUACUGUAUUCUUUUUUUUCUUACUUUUACUUUUCAGCGACUAUAAUUACUGAUUAAACAAACUCAUUAGUACCGUUGGUUAACUUAACAUCCUAUCUGCCAAUACAAUAUAGGUUGAUAGACAAUAGUAUUAAAGAGUUGCUUUAUGACGAAAAUGCAGUCUUAUUUGAUGAGCUUAAUUCAAUAGAGAAAUUACAAACUGAAUUAGAAGGGGUCAAAAAUUUGGAUGCUCAACUUCAUGCGUUGAAUUAAGAAAAUGAAUAGAUUCUAUCAGAUCAAUAUAAAUAGAUAUUCAAUGAAAUUUACAUUCAAAACCCAUGCAAUAUCAUAUUGGCUUAUGAUUCAUCAGUAAAUUAAUCUGCAUGUUUGACUUUUAAUAAAAACAUUUUGUAAGAAGGAUUGUCAAUUGCGAUAACAAAUUUUUUUGAAAAUGCUGAAAACAUAUUGUAAUAAUAUUCUUAUUAUGAUAAAAAUGCUGUAUAUAAUAAUUUAACCUUUAAUAUCAGCACAAAUCAUAGAAGAAAUUACACUCUUAAUAUUUUUAAUACAAGAAUUGGGAAUGCAAAUAGAAAAAUGCAAAAGGUAUUUAUCCGGAUAUGCCACAUGUAACUAUCAAAUGAAUUAGAAAGCUAUUUGAGUUAGCAUUAUUCAAAUUUGGAACUAUAAUUUUCUCUGCUUUUCAUGAUAUUUUGUGUGAUAUCAAUUCUAGUAUAUUUUGUGAGUUGGAUUCCAUUGCAGAUUAGAUUUUAUCAUGACACUAGAAGGGCCAGAGAAAUACAAUCACUUAUUCCGUUGGAUCUUUUUAAUACUUGUUAAUCCUUACAAGUAUAUCUUCGAUGGAUUAAAGAAAAUUGA